UCUCCACAGAGAGCAGAUUGAACCCUGAAGUGCGUCGGCUGGAAUAAUCUCAGGAUAAUAAUGAGCGCUCAGACAGGCAUCUCUCCACCAUGACAGACAGACAGACAUGAGAUCACCAUCAACUCUGCUGAGUUUCUUGAUUUCUGGAACUUUUUGUGAGUUUAUAUCAUAGAGGAACAUGUUGGAUUAUUAACGACUGGAUAAUAUCGUUGGAUCAAGCUGUUAAAGGCGCUUUUAUAUUGGACAGGUGACUUUAUGUAGAAGACAACAAACUCCUCCAGGAUGAGACUGUGGACUUUACUCGUCUUCAUCCAGGUGUUCAUCCAGGUGUGCGCAUCUUCUCCUCUGGCAGCCGAGAUGUCUAAAUCAAGAUUGCCAGCAGCCGUGGAGAGCCGCUGCUCCAGGAGGGCCUGCAACCCCCGCAUGGGUAAUUUGGCGCAGGGCAGAGUGCUGAGCACCCAGUCGGUCUGCGGCUCCAACUCCUCGGAGCCCUACUGCGUCUACAGAGAGACAGCUUCCUCGCGGACGAAGGAGUCCUGCUCCUCGGUAGCAAAAUGCACCAAGUGCAACUCAGCCAUCCCCAGCCAGGCACACCCUGCAUCCGCCAUGAGCGACUCCUCUUUCCGAUACCCGGACACCUGGUGGCAGUCUGCAGAGGGGGUGAAGGAGGAGACGCUGCAGCUCGACCUGGAGACGGAGUUCCUCCUCACUCAUCUCAUCCUGGUGUUCCGCUCACCACGCCCGGCUGCCAUGGUGCUGGAGCGCUCCCAGGACCACGGGACCACGUGGAGAGCACUCAGGCUCUUUGCCAGAGACUGUAAGGAGGUGUUUGGUCUGGCUGAGGGGUCAGCAGCCGGGGAGAGUGGAGCAACAUGCACCUCCAAGUAUUCAGGAGCUUUCCCUUGUACCAGAGGAGAGGUGAUCUAUCGAGCGUUGUCGCCGUGGCACUCAGUGGAUCCGUACGGACCGGCCGCCCAGGAUCAGCUCAUGAUCACCAACCUCAGAGUCCGUCUGCUGCAGCGCCAGCAGUGUCCCUGCCAGGCCAAACAUCCCGGUGCCGCCGUCCUCCCCACAGACCACUAUGCCAUCUAUGAUUUUAUUGUCAAAGGCAGUUGCCUUUGCAAUGGACAUGCUGACCACUGUGUACCAGCCGGGGGCUACCAACCCAGCCUGCAGAAGACCAACAACAUGGUCCACGGCAAGUGUGUUUGCAGACACAGCACAGCCGGCGACCACUGCGAGCGCUGUGCACCUCUCCACAAUGACCAGCCCUGGCAGGCCGCCAAUGGCAUCAUAGGGACACCGCAUGAGUGCCAAAAGUGCAAGUGUAAUGGUCAUGCCAAGAGCUGUCACUUCAGUCGUGGAUUGUGGCUGGCAUUGGGACGGCGAAGCGGUGGCGUGUGUGACGACUGCCGCCACAACACAGAGGGCCGUCACUGCCAGAACUGUAAGAAGGGCUUCUUCAGAGACCCCAGCCGACCAAAAACCGCCCCUGACUCCUGCAAAGCCUGUUCCUGCCACCCUGUAGGCUCCGUCCUCUCAGGAGGUAGCCCUCUCUGUAACCCUAGCAGCGGGAAGUGCACUUGUAAGCCUGGUGUUGGGGGGCCCAGCUGUGACAGCUGCAUGCUGGGAUACUGGGGGCUUCAUGAAUACGGCUGCCGUCCAUGUGACUGCACGGGAGACUGUGACCCCUACAACGGAGAUUGCGUCACUGGCUCAAAUGUGGAGGUCUUCUAUACAGCCACCGGCCACAUGGGACACAGCAGCAGCAGCAAUAAUAGUGAGACGGCACUCUUUAGGGUAGAGGAGCUUUUCUCUGCACUGCACCACUCUGAGAAAUGUGAGUGUGUGGAAGUAACCCUUGGCAGUCCUAAACUCUUCUGUGGAGCAGAGUACGACUAUGUGCUGGUGGGGAAGGUCAUGUCAGCUCAUGAUAAAGGUUCCCACGCGGAGGUGGAGGUCAAGGUCAAGAAAGUCUUGUACCAGAACCCUCAGAUGAAGAUCCAGAGGGGAAGCGUCACCCUUUACCCAGAGUCCUGGACCACCAAGGGCUGUACAUGUCCCAUCCUCAACCCAGGAUCUGAGUAUGUGGUUGCUGGUCACGAGGACUGGAAGACCGGCCGACUGAUGAUCAACACCAAGAGCCUGGUUAAACCGUGGAAGUCAACCCUGGGACGCAAAAUCCUCCACAUCAUCAGAAGAGACUGUGGCCGCCGGUAGGGCAUCGCCAAGGACUGCAGCGGACAGAGGGACAUUGAGGAGUGUGCAGAAUGAACUGUUUGAAUUAGGCAUUGCUUUGACACUAAAAUGAAAGCAAAACCCCCACGCCUACUACAGGGAUUUCACUGUUUCUUCUGCUUCUAAAGUGGAGUCCACGGCCACAAGAAACAGCUACAACGCCACAGUGCUGUGGUAGAAAUAAGCACAUACCUCGCCAGACUACAGUCACUUGUUCAAACAGAACAAAGCAAGCCAUAAAGACUUUCAUCUGAACAAAGACAAAGCUGAAUUCCGUUCCUGUGUUACUGUAUGAUACUUUCCAGGUUAUUUAUAAAGGAAUGCAUGUUAAAUACUCAAUUAUUUCCUGGCCAAAGUUGCCGUUGAAGUUGAUGAGCCAGUCACGUCCUCCUGCAUCAAUUUCAUUAAGAGCUGUUUACUUUGAUAUUUUGCAAAGGCGCAGACUGAAUUAUCCUCGUCGUCUCACAAGAUAUCGCCGAUAAAUCAUGAAUGAAGUCAACAUCAGGAUGUGUGUGAGCGUGGAUGUGUGCACAUGCUGGAUGUCCUUGAUGGCAGGGAGUCUGUGGCAGGUCAGAACAAGUAACUCCUGGAUGAAAAAAAAACAUUAAAGGAAUCAGCCGGCUUAAUCUGAACAGCUCUGCUUUGGCAAAACUCGCCCGCCUGCUGUCUGAGAGCAAAACACACUCCGCUCCACCCUCUCUGGUCUGGAGUACAUGCAAACCGACUGAAACACUCAGGAUUAAGUUUGCUCUCACAGCUUGAGUGGCUCAUAGUCAGAGUGCUUCAGUCAGAUUCUGUGAGUUUCUGCUGUCCUUGUUCAACCUGCUUCCAUAUGAGGAGGAUUUCUCCGAACCGGACCCUGUGGGAGCCAGUGUGUGUGAGAAAGAGAGCACACUCUCUUAACAUAUGCUCCUCUUUUUGGCCUGUGACUCCCGCUGGCCCCAAAAUAAACAUGUAUUAAAAGCCUUUGACAUCACAGUGUAUCAGAUCCAGAGUCCACAGGCCCAUUUUUGAGCCAGGCCCAGUUAAGAAUAGGUCUGGUCCGCUGUCUCCGAGGAGAAGGACAAACUCUGCGAGGAGACACGAUGCAUUCCUCAAACAUGACAUCAGCGCCCGUGUCCUUGUCCCAAAGACUUUACCAAAACAAGAGAAACGGGCCAGAGAUUUCCUUGUAAAGGACAAAGUGGUGAUGAAUGUACUCCGCCGUCAUUGUGAUAUUUGUAAUUCUAUUUCUGUGUGUCCUACGUGUUCUUUUUGUUUUAAAUCUAAACUGUAUAAACGACA